GAAGCUUUACAAGAAAAGGAGAAGCAUUUGGAACAGCUCAUGCGAGAAAGGGAUAUGGAACGUUCCGAUUAUGGUCAGUUGCCUGGUCAGGACUCGGAGAAGAUAGCCAAACUCGAGUCUGAAAAGAAAGCAUUGAAAACUGAGCUACUUGCGAAAGAGAAAAUGAUCGAGGAUUUGAAUUUCCGAUUGGAGGAAGAAACCAUCUCAAAAGAUUUCCAAAUAGAAGAACUGCAGAAAAAGCUCACCUCCGCACCGACGGAAUCGGCACCAUCUGCCGCCGAGUUCUCAUUAGAUGAUAGCGCACUUGAAAAACGAAUGGAAGCUGAUCAACAGCGAAGAGAUCUGGAAGCCAAAUGUGCUCAGCUCGAGGAGCAACUAAAGAAUGUAUGCGUUGUGCAUUGUGAAAUAAAUUUGCAUAUUCUCGAUUGUUUCAGGUAUCAAUGCAACAGUCUGACUCUCUCGCUGCUGAGAUAG